GGGCGGGGUCACGCAGCAUCAUCGAAGCCUGUCGUGUCAUUGUACGGUUGCUGAUGCUGAGGGGAAAAUGUAGAGCCAUGAUUGAGGGUUUUAGGUUCUCAGGACGCGGCGCAUCGUUGAGCGUGGUUUUCUAGGUAUUCUGACUGUAAGGAUAAUGAAGAAAAGGAGGAACUGGACACAUGAUGGAUGAGUAAGAGUGUUUGAGGAGCACUGCAUCCGACUCGAUGGCAAAGAAAGGUCGAGUCAAGGGCGAGAAGCCUGAAGCCCUCAUCUCUGCCCUCCAGGCGGCCAAUGAGGAGCUCAGGUCCAAACUCACAGAUAUUCAAAUUGAACUACAUCAAGAAAAAUGCAAGGUGACCAAGCUGGAGCGAGAGAAGGUGCAGGAGGGCAAGCGCAUCCGCGAGCAGGAGCAGCACCGCCACACGGUGGCUCUGACGGAGCAGCGAGCACGCUGGCACGAAGAGAAGCUGAAGGAGCUCGCUGGGCUACGAGAGUCGCUAACACGACAACAUGAACAGGAGCUAGCGCGUACCUCCAAAAUCAAAGAGGGCGAGAUCCAGCGGCUUCGGACUGCUCUCAGCGCGCUGCGCGACGGCAGCGGAGAGAAAAUACGUACGGCUCUGACGCUGGAGGCCCGAGAGGAGGCCCGGCGCUUCUUCGACAUCGAGCGAGUAAAACUGCUGCAGGAAAUAACCGAACUAAAGAGCACCAAACGACAGACGGAUGAGGCGCUUAACACCAUAAUCUUAGCUGACAAGAUGAAGGCCGGUGACUUGCGUUCUGAGCAUCAUGCGCACCAAGAGCAAAUCACCAAGAUUAAGUGGGACUGUGAGCGAGACGUUCGGCGAUUGGUGGAUGAGAUCAAGGCGAAGGACCGAACCAUCUUCUCACUGGAGAAGGAGCUUGAAACAGCGACAGGCUACGUUCAGAGAUUACAGCUGCAGAAAGAUGCUCUGGAUGAGCAGUUGUUUCUGGUCAAAGAGGCAGAAUGCAGCCUGGGAAGCCCAAAAAGAGAAAUCCCCGGACGAGCUGGAGAUGGAGCUGAGCAAUGUGGGAGUCCGGACAUGAGGAGAAACCAGAGACGCAUGUCUGACCUGAAAUCCACCAUCCGCAAGCUGGAAGACCGCAAUUCAAUUUUAGUGGAUGAAAGAAAUGAGCUGCUGAAGCGUGUCCGUGAAACAGAGAAACAGUGCAAACCACUGCUGGAAAAGAAUAAAAUAUUGAGCAGAAAAAAUGAUGACCUGAGCCAAUCUCUCCAGCGGCUGGAAGACAAAGUCAAGUCCUUAACCAAAGAGAACAAUGAAAUGAAAGACAAAAUCGGUUUUCAUCCACCACUGAAGAAGCUGAAAUCUCUGAAUGAUCUGGAUCAGGCCACUGAUGAUCAAGAGAUUGAGUUCCUGAAGCUCCAGGUCCUGGAACAACAGAGCAUGAUCGAUGAGCUGACCCGAGACAGAGAAAAGCUCUUGAGGAAGAAGAGGCAUAAACGCAACAGCAGACCUAUAAAGAGACACAUUGUUGUAGAUACUUUCUACGGGUACGAUGAAGAGUCGAUGGAUUCGGAAACCUCCUCUGUGGCCUCUCUGCGCGUGGAUCGAACUCCAGCAACACCAGAUGAAGAUUUAGAUGAGAGGCUGGCAGCUGAGGAGUCUGAGAUGCGCUUCAAGCAGUUGACUCGGGAGUAUCAGGCUCUUCAGAGAGCUUACGCCAUCCUGCAGGAGCAUAACGGAGGCGUACUGGAUGCUGAAGCGGAGGCCAAGGCCCAUGAGCAGCUCCAAGCAGAUGUUCAGAGGUAUAAAGCUAAGAUUGAAGACUUGGAAAAAGAGCUUGCCGUAAAAGGACAGGACUCCAAAUGGGUGGAGGAGAAGCAGUUGUUCCUCAGACGUAACCAGGAGCUUCUGGACAAGGUUGAAAAGUUGCAGAAUGUGAAUGGAAAAGUGCACCAGGAACUUCAGGACUCAAAAGAUCAAAAUGAACUGCUGGAGUUUCGCAUACUGGAGCUGGAGGAGCGAGAAAGGAGAUCUCCUCCGUUUACACUUCAGAUUCAUCCGUUCUCUGAGGGAGUGAGCGCUCUGCAGAUUUACUGUAUAAAGGAGGGAGUGAAGGACGUGUGUAUACCAGACCUCAUCAAACUGCUGGAUAUUCUGGGUGACAACGGGAACUUAAGGAACGAGGAGCAGGUGGCCAUUAUUCAAGCCAGUACUGUCCUGUCUCUCGCUGAGAAGUGGAUUCAGCAGAUUGAAGGCACUGAAGCAGCUCUACAUCAGAAGAUGAUGGAUCUGGAGCUGGAGAUGGAGAUGUUCCGUAAACAGAAGGGAUAUCUGGAGGAGGAGCUGGACUAUAGGAAACAGGCCCUGGAUCAGGCUUACAUGCAAAUCCAGGAGCUGGAGGCCACGCUGUAUAACGCUCUUCAGCAGGAGAAGGUGAUCAAGUACGGAGAUCCUCUGGAUGAGCUGCAGAAGGACGAGCUACGCACGGCCGUGGAGAAACUGCGCAGACAGAUGCUGAGGAAGAGCAGAGAAUACGACUGUCAGAUCCUACAGGAGAGGAUGGAGCUUCUACAUCAGGCACACCAGAGGAUCAGAGACCUGGAGGAUAAGACUGACAUUCAGAGGAGACAGAUAAAAGAUCUGGAGGAGAAGUUUUUAUUUCUCUUUUUAUUCUUCUCUCUUGCCUUUAUUCUUUGGCCUUGAUGUCUCUGACAUCUCCCGCUGCACAGGAUUGCUGUCGCAUGCACCUGCAGUUUUCCGGUUGUGGUGACUCAAGGCGGUUUUGUUUUACAUGUGUGUGGAAGCGGGAUGUUCAGAGGUCUGGAUUCUACUGGAAACACUGCACUGGAUUUGACUUCCGGAUUACAGAGACACACCGAUACAAGAGACCAAACAUCAAACUAGAGGAUUAUCUCUGCCAUGCAGGGAGCCGCUGAGUCUUCACUGCGACGACCACCAACCGCAAACCAUCUCGCUCUGUCCGUCUGUCUGACCCUCACACACUUUGAGAAAUGAAAACAGACACUCAGGGUUUAUAGGUGAGGUGACGGUCGGGACCCUCGCUGCCUGAACGCAGAAACAGACGAACGCUUCUGUCUUCAACAUACAGUACCAUCAGUAACACACGUUACAGUCAUUAACAAAACUUCAAUUUCACCCAAAAAUGAAACUUCUGUCAUCAUGUACUCAUGUCAAACCCGUAUGACUUUUCUUUCUUCAGCAGAAAAUAAACAAAGAGAUUUGAAAGAAUGUUGAACUGAACCAUGAAGUCAGUGGACUUCUUUGAAACAUCUUCUUUUGUGUUCUGCAGAAGAAAGAAAGCCACACAGGUUUGAAAUACAUGUUUGGGUGAUACCAUGAGACCCCCAUUCUCUAAAGCCACACCUCCUCCAAAACACAUGACCACGCUGAAGAUGACAGAAGAUUGUGUGAGAGAGCAGAGCAGAUCCAGAGUUUGACAGACAAAUAUCAAAUCCUAUCAUUAAAUCCACACCAACAUGUGAUGUUCUCAGAAGAUAUUUGUUUAUGUAAAGAAUUUAGACCCCGUCACUUAAUGAUUGUUAUCAGGAUGUGAACAACCUGCCUUUAACAAGCUUCAUUAACAAACAACAGCAUUUAUUCAUCUUAGUUUAUGUUCCUCUCAAUUCACGUACUGAAACCUUUUUCUCAUCAAAGUUUAUAACUGUGAAUGCACAGCGAAUCAACUCUUACACUUACAUUGACAUGAACAUGAACAAAGGUGAAUAAAUACUUGAUGAUUGAUCGCUGAUGUAUUGACAGAUCUCACCCUUACUGUAAAAACUUUCGACUGAACGACCUGUUUUUAAUGUUUUUAUGCUCAUUGGGUCUCAUUCUGAACAUUUUUGAAAAAAUUGUUCACAAAACCAUUCUGAUGAUGUAUGUCAUUUUCUGCAAGUAAAACCGUCCCAUUAUUGACCUCACGUGAUCAUCACAGGAAUACAACGGGGCUUUAGCGUCACAUGCCAGUAAGAAUGACUUUGUGAAUGAUUGUGACAGAAGGUUUCAUGAAUCAGGCUGAUGUGUAGCUGUGCUGUAUAUAGGGUAUAUAUAUAUAUAUAAUGUUUGUUGAUAUGUACAUGUGUGUCUCCUCUGAGGGUUUAACAUUUUUGAGGUGUAUUGUGGUGACGGCUGCAGAUAUUUCACCCUCUCUGUAUUUAUUCACAUAUCUCUGCUGUGUGCACUUCUUUUUUACUUGUUCACCUCUACGGCUGUAGAUAGCAGCAAGACUUUCACUCACUGGUUUCUACCGAACGAUCUUUCUAACUUUAACCGGCUUCGUCUCGGGCUUGUACAUAUGUUUUGGGGCAUUCUGUAUACCAGGUUUGGAUUCAUUUCAUUAAACUCUACACCUCUCCUCUGCAAAUCCUUCUUCUCUUUCUUUAUAGCCUUGGACAUUCAGAUCUCAACAGAGCCACAGUGACGAUAUGUUUGAAAUUCGCUCCAAGAUAAAACUUUGACUAUAAACUUCCGAUCUGGAGGGGUCCAUGGGCAUGCUACUCUCAUUCAUUGGCAGCUAUGAAAACUCUUUUUGAAAGAAAAUGUUCUCUGUAUUUAUCAUUCUGAAACAAAUUUUGGCUGCCACAUAUAAGCAGUCAAAUGAUGUCUUUUGUUGGCCUGUACAUAUGUUAGUGCGAAACGUUAGAAAUUUAAAGUUCACAGAAUGAGCAUUUGGCAGACAAUGCAUUACAUUUGUAUCUAUGGUACCAUUACAAUCUCUGCUUUCACACCAAGCUUCCCCAACAAUGCUACGUGAAUGUGGCCUUAAAAACUAAACCAUGUUAGGCCAACAGAAGAACAUUUCCUCAAACUUACACUUGGUUUCGUCAGGGAACAGUAUGGUGCGAUAAACAGAGUUCAACCAGAUAUAUAUUUAACAACUUAUCAAAAAUGCAACAUAGAUUUUAUGAUCAAGUUCUUUUGUCUUUGUUUCUUAAGACGAAAGCAGGGGUGUAGCCCGUCCCCAGAUGUAUGGACAAGACCAACCUAAUGGUGGGGGGAAAGAAGGGGGUAAACGUCAGCGUCAGUAUCUGUGAACGCAAACAUUGAAUGUGAACAGAUCUUAUAUACUCCAAGUGUCGAAUGGUGGUUGGCUAGAUCUGUAUGUAAUGAGUGACGCAGCAGAACUUGAGCUUCACUUAGCUGAUCUACUCCAGGGGCCUGUACCAUGAACAUUGCUGAACAAACUCUGGGUUACAGGAUUAGUUUUGGGUUGCCAAAACCAAACCAACGUGAUCAAGCUUGGUUGGUACCAUAAAGCAGCUCCAGGAGUUUCUUUGUCAACUCAAGCUUUGAUCCUGAAGCUAAGAUUAGUUUGUGCGCGCGUGCACAUGAAUGAGUGACGUCGGGAUCACUAAACCAAUCGCGUUCAACAUGGAUAGAGGGAGUUCCGUAGGUUUCUUAGGAAAUAAUUAUGCGCAAAUAUAAGUAACACAAAAAUGUGUUUCAGCCACGAAGUUAUACUGUUUCUGCUGUCUACGCAAGAUAGAACGGUUUCAGAAACACUGCUGAUUGAGUUAAUGCACAAGUUGAACGACUAUAUAUUACACACAUUUACUGUAGUAUACUGAAGUAAGGUAAAUAUUACAGUAAUGUAAUAUGAUGUGUGUUAUGUGUGUAUGCGCCCCAACAGUGAAUGAACAUAUCCUGCUAACAUUAGUUAUCAUUUAGUUUACCUUUAUUAAUGAGGAUGAAGCACAUGAUGAAGUGAAACGAUCUGUGUGCUGACAAAGUUAAAGAGAUAAAUGUACUGUACUAUUCAUUAUGGCACAAGUGUGAAUGUGAGGAUUUAUAUUUUAUGUUACUGGUGUCUCUGUUAUUGUAGGACA